CUUGGCGAUUUGCUUAAUUCCCAUCUUUCUGUCUCCUUAACAGGAAUUGUGUGCAGAUAUUGUAGUAAUUGGUAGAUUUAAAAGGGUGAGAAAUGUUGUGCUGUGGAGGUGGUGAGGAAGAAGCCGCCGGGCCUCCACCAAGCCAAUACCCUACCCCGCUUAAGCCCGGUUACGCCGGCACCACCGGAGGAGGUGGAGGCGAUCGAGGAGACCCUCGGGGUGGCGGAAGAGGCGGGGCACCUAAAAAGGCGUUGCCAAUCGAUCUUCCGGAGUUGUCGUUGAACGACCUAAACCGGCUAACCGACAAUUUCGGCCAAAAAUCCCUCCUCGGCGAGGGCUCCUACGGCCGAGUAUACUACGCCACCCUAAGCGACGGCCAGCCCGCCGCCAUCAAGAAGCUUGACACGAGCACCUCGGAGCCCGAUACGGACUUCCCGGGCCAGCUUUCCACUGUGUCGAGGCUUAAAAACGAGAACUUCGUGUCAUUGCUCGGAUACUGCUUAGAAGGAAACAACCAUAUUUUGGUGUAUGAAUACGCGGCGAUGGGCUCAUUACAUGACGUUUUGCACGGUCGGAAAGGGGUGCAGGGGGCCGAUCCCGGCCCGAUGCUGACGUGGAAUCAGAGAGUUAAGAUUGCCCACGGAGCGGCCAAGGGUCUUGAGUUUUUGCACGAGAAAUGCCAGCCGUCGAUCGUGCAUCGUGAUAUUAGAUCUAGCAAUGUGCUUCUGUUUGAUGAUUUUCUUGCCAAGGUUGCUGAUUAUAGCUUGACCAACCAGUGCUCCGACACCGCGGCUCGUCUGCACUCCACUCGGGUUCUUGGGACCUUCGGUUACCAUGCUCCCGAGUAUGCGAUGACGGGGCAAAUAACUCAGAAGAGCGAUGUUUAUAGCUUUGGAGUUGUGCUUUUAGAGCUUUUGACGGGGAGGAAGCCGGUGGACCACACUAUGCCAAAAGGGCAACAAAGUUUAGUCACAUGGGCAACUCCAAGAUUGAGUGAAGAUAAAGUGAAACAAUGCAUAGAUCCAAAGCUGAAAGAGGACUAUCCUCCUAAGGCCAUGGCCAAGAUGGCAGCAGUGGCGGCACUGUGUGUGCAAUACGAGGCCGAUUUCCGACCAAAUAUGACGAUCGUGGUCAAGGCUUUGCAGCCACUUCUCAAUGCAAAACCAGCUGGAGCUGCUGCAGAUUCUAAUGCGUGAUCCCAUCAGCAGUAUUCAUCUCCAAAAUUCAACAUUUUUUUGUAUCUUUAUUAUUAGCCUUUUGUCUCAGCUUGUUCUAGCUAACUGAUAGAGGUCUUCUACACAUGAUAUAUUGUAGAUUAUCAAACAUAUCAUGUUGUUGCCGA